GGCUGGGGAAACUGCAAGUUCACACCUCAUCUUACACUUCCUGCUCCCUAGGGGGUCAAGCAUAAUGACCAGCUCUCCCCUCCUGGAUCCCUGGCCAUCCAAGGCUGUGUCCAUCCGUGAGCGCCUGGGCCUUGGGGACCAUCCCAAUGACUCCUACUGUUACAACUCAGCAAAAAACAGCACAGUGCUCCAGGGGGUCACCUUCGGAGGCAUCCCCACUGUCCUGCUCAUAGAUGUCAGCUGCUUCCUGGUUUUAAUCCUGGUGUUUUCCAUCAUAAGGAGAAGAUUCUGGGAUUAUGGCCGCAUAGCCCUGGUAUCAGAAGCAGGCAGUGAGGCCAGAUUCCAGAGAUUGUCGUCUUCGUCCUCAGGGCAACAAGACUUUGAAAAUGAGCUGGGAUGCUGCCCCUGGCUGACGGCCAUCUUCCGCCUGCAUGAUGACCAGAUCCUGGAGUGGUGUGGGGAGGAUGCUAUCCACUACCUGUCCUUCCAGAGGCAUAUUAUCUGCCUGUUGGUGGUGAUCAGCUUCCUGUCCCUGUGUGUCAUCUUGCCUGUCAACCUCUCAGGAGACUUGCUGGAUAAAGACCCAUACAGCUUUGGGAGGACGACGAUAGCCAACCUGCAGACGGACAAUGACCUCCUUUGGCUGCACACCGUCUUCUCCGUCAUCUACCUCUUCCUCACUGUGGGCUUUAUGUGGCAUCAUACACGGUCCAUCAGAUACAAAGAGGAGAGCUUGGUGAGACAGACCCUGUUCAUCACAGGACUCCCAAGAGAAGCCCGAAAGGAGACUGUGGAAAGCCACUUCCGGGAUGCGUACCCCACAUGUGAGGUGGUGGAUGUCCAGCUUUGCUACAGCGUGGCUAAGCUGAUGUACCUGUGCAGAGAGAGAAAGAAGACUGAGAAGAGCCUUACGUAUUACACAAACCUGCAGGCGAAGACAGGCCGGCUGACCCUUAUCAACCCCAAGCCUUGUGGCCAGUUCUGCUGCUGCGAAGUGCAGGGCUGUGAGAGGGAAGAUGCUAUUUCUUACUACAGCCGAAUGAAUGACAGUCUUCUGGAGAGAAUUACAGCUGAGGAGUGCCGGGUCCAGGACCAGCCCCUAGGAAUGGCCUUUGUCAGCUUCCGUGAGAAGUCCAUGGCUACCUACAUCCUGAAAGACUUCAAUGCCUGCAAGUGCCAGGGCCUUAGGUGUAAAGGUGAGCCCCAGCCGUCCUCCUACAGCAGAGAGCUCUGCGUCGCUAAGUGGACCGUCACCUUCGCCUCCUACCCUGAGGACAUUUGCUGGAAGAACCUCUCCGUCCAGGGUGUCCGCUGGUGGCUCCAGUGGCUGGGUAUCAACUUCACUCUGUUUGUGGUGCUGUUUUUCCUGACGACACCCUCCAUCAUUCUGUCAACCAUGGACAAGUUCAAUGUCACCAAACCCAUUCAUGCACUGAAUGACCCUGUCAUCAGCCAGUUCUUCCCCACACUCCUGCUCUGGUCCUUCUCGGCACUGCUCCCAUCCAUUGUUUACUAUUCCACGCUGCUGGAGUCUCACUGGACGAGGUCGGGGGAAAACCGGAUCAUGGUGUCAAAGGUCUACAUCUUCUUGAUCUUCAUGGUGCUAAUCCUGCCUUCCCUCGGCCUGACCAGCCUGGAUUUCUUCUUCCGAUGGCUCUUUGACAAGACUUCCUCGGAUACCGCCAUCAGAUUAGAGUGCGUCUUCCUGCCAGACCAGGGUGCCUUCUUUGUGAAUUACGUCAUCGCCUCAGCGUUCAUCGGCAGUGGCAUGGAGCUGCUGCGGCUGCCCGGCCUCAUCCUGUACACUUUCCGCAUGGUCAUGGCCAAGACAGCCGCCGACCGACGGAACGUUAAGCAGAACCAGGCCUUCGAAUACGAGUUUGGAGCCAUGUAUGCGUGGAUGUUGUGUGUCUUCACUGUCAUCAUGGCUUACAGCAUCACCUGCCCCAUUAUCGUGCCAUUUGGUCUCAUCUACAUCCUGCUCAAGCAUAUGGUGGACCGGCACAACCUCUACUUCGCUUACCUCCCGGCCAAGCUGGAGAAGAGGAUCCACUUUGCUGCCGUGAACCAGGCCUUGGCUGCCCCCAUCCUCUGCCUCUUCUGGCUUUUCUUUUUCUCCUUCCUUCGUCUGGGUCUGAAGGCCCCCGCCACUCUGUUCACCUUCCUGGUGGUGCUGCUCACCAUCCUGGCCUGUCUGCUCUACACCUGCUUUGGAUGCUUCAAGCACCUCAGCCCAUGGAACUACAAGACAGAAGAAUCCGCAAGUGACAAAGGAAGUGAAGCAGAGGCCCAUGUGCCCCCACCGUUCACACCUUACGUGCCUCGGAUUCUGAACGGUUUGGCCUCAGAGAGGACAGCGUUAUCCCCCCAGCAACAGCAGACCUAUGGUGCCAUCCGUAACAUCAGUGGGACUCUUCCGGGGCAGCCCGUGGCUCAGCAUCCCAGCGACAGUGUGGCCUGUGCCUACCAGGAAUCCUGAGAGUGGGCGAGCUGGCCUGGCUGGCUCAGAGUGCUCGGGAAGGCUGAGAUGGACACAGGGGGCUGGAACCCCAGGCAGCUCUUGACUUCUUUCCUAUUUAAAGCUCCUGUCUUGUGAGAAGAGGGAACCAGUGGGUCCUGGGGCUCAGGCCCUUGGCUGAG